UUCUCCAUUUGCUCACUAGCAGAUGGUUCAUGGCAUUUUCUUCUUUAAAGAUACUAUCAAUGUCUGGUGCAACUUUCAUAUUUGGCCUUUAUUCAGGGAACAUAAAGUCCUCAUUAGGCUAUGAUCAAACAACAGUAAACUUGAUUAGCUUUUUCAAGGAUUUGGGUAGCAAUUUAGCCAUAAUUACUGGUCUAAUUAUGGAAAUUGUGCCCCCUUGGGCAGUUUUGGCCAUUGGUGCAGUCUUGAAUUUUUUUGGCUAUUUCAUGAUAUGGCUGGCUGUAAUGGGGCGAAUUUCGAAACCACAUGUCUGGCAAAUGUGUUUGUACAUAUUCAUUGGUUCACUUUCUCAGUCAUUUGCAAAUACUGGAGCAAUUGUCACUUGUGUCAAGAACUUCCCUGCUAGUCGAGGCAUCGUGUUAGGCCUUCUAAAGGGUGCUGUUGGCCUAAGUGGUGCGAUCAUGACACAAUUUUACCUCGCCAUUUAUGGAGACAACAAGGGCGAGUCUUUGAUUUUACUGGUUGCUUGGCUCCCCGUCCUUGUCUCAUGCAUAUUCCUCCCAUCGAUUCGGAUUAUGAAGGCCAUUACACAAGAAAAUGAUGUCAAAAUGUUCUAUAAUUUCCUUUUUGUUUCACUUGGACUUGCUGGCUUUCUCUUGAUUAUGAUCAUCAUCCAGAAAAAAUUCACCUUUAACAAGGCUGAAUAUGCUUUAAGUGGUGCCGUUGUUCUAGUUCUGACUUUCUCACCACUGAUUUUAGUCAUUAGAGAAGAACUUAACAUUUGGAAGAGCAAAAAAGGACUAGUCCCUAAUGAUAUUUCACAAUUGAAAGUGUCGAUUGAGACGCAAAAUUCUCCUUCAUCGACAACAAAUUGGAGUUCGUGCUUCAAAAGCGUGUUUAAUUCCCCAAAGAGAGGUGAAGAUCACACAAUCUUGCAAGCACUCUUCAACAUUGACAUGUUGAUUCUAUUUCUAGCUAUAACAUUUGGGGUUGGAGGGACAUUGACAUCGGUCGAUAACUUAGGCCAAAUCGGGAAGGCCUUAGGCUACCCUGACUCAAGCAUCAGUACAUUCGUGUCAUUAGUAAGCAUAUGGAAUUACCUGGGAAGAGUAGCCUCGGGAUUUUCCUCGGAAAUCUUGUUAAACACGUACAAUUUCCCACGCCCCUUGAUGCUCACUUUCGUACUCCUACUUUCGUGCAUUGGCCAUCUUCUCAUUGCAUUUGGUGUUCGGAAUUCACUCUACGUGUCCUCUGUUCUCAUGGGGUUCUGUCUUGGAGCUCAAUGGCCAUUGAUUUUGUCGAUAAUUUCGGAGUUAUUUGGACUAAAGUACUACGCGACAUUGUCCAAUUUUGGUUAUGUGUCUACUCCUAUAGGUGGAUAUAUACUCAAUGUGAGAGUGGCUGGUCAUUUAUAUGAUAAAGAAGCAUUGAAACAAUUAGCAACUAAGGGAAUAUUCACAAGAAAAGAUGGAGUUGACUUGAAUUGUAUAGGAGUUGUGUGUUAUAAACAGGCCUUUUUAAUAAUUACGUUGUGCUACAUUUGCAGGAGCCAUUGUUUCAUUGAUUUUGGUGUUGAGAACAAGAAAAUUUUAUGCAAGUGA